CGCGUCGCGUUAGUAGCCACUAUUUGGUACCAACAUAACAACACUUUUCAAAACACGUGUGUGGAAGCGUUGUUAGAUACUAUUUAAAUAAAUAAUUAAAAAUGGGUUUUUCGCCUAGAGGAGGGGGCCGUGGAGGUGGUGGUCGCGGUUUUCGUGGCGGCGGCGGCGGACGUGGAGGUGGCGGCGGCCGACCAAGCUUCGGUGGAAAGCCAAGUUUCGGCAGAGGAGGCGGUGGUAGAGGCGGCGGCGGUGGUGGCCGCGGCGGGGGCCGAGGACGAGGCGGCAAACCGGGAGGAUUUAGGGGCGGCUCCAACGUCGUUAUCGAGCCGCACAGACACGAAGGAGUCUUCAUCGCGAGAGGCAAAGAGGACGCCUUGGUCACGCUGAACUUUGUACCCGGCUCGGAGGUUUACGGCGAGAAACGCAUAUCGGUCGAAAACGAGGGCACCAAAAUCGAAUAUCGAGUGUGGAAUCCGUUCCGAAGCAAACUGGCCGCCGCAAUUCUAGGAGGCGUCGACCACAUUCACAUCGCGCCGGCCAGCAAGGUGUUAUAUCUAGGCGCCGCCUCUGGCACAACGGUUUCGCACGUCUCCGAUAUAGUCGGCCCGGACGGCUUAGUGUACGCGGUCGAGUUUUCGCACAGGAGCGGCCGCGAUCUUAUAAACGUCGCGAAAAAGCGCACGAACAUUAUUCCGAUAAUCGAGGACGCGCGUCACCCGCACAAGUAUCGAAUGCUCGUCGGAAUGGUCGACACGAUCUUCGCGGACGUCGCACAGCCCGAUCAGGCCAGGAUCGUCGCGAUUAACGCCCAUCACUUUUUGAAGAACGGCGGUCACUUCGUUAUUUCGAUUAAGGCGUCGUGCAUUGAUUCGACGGCGCAGCCCGAGGCCGUCUUCGCGGCGGAAGUGAAGAAAUUGCAGGCGGAAAAGUUCAAACCUCAAGAACAGAUCACGUUGGAACCAUACGAGAGGGACCAUGCAGUUGUGGUCGGGAUGUAUAGACCGCCGCCAAAAUAAACUUGAAUUUAUAUUUUGUUAAAUACGUAGUACGUAAGGUAUGAGCAGAUGUUUUUAGAUUGUAAGGUAUGCAUUAAGAGUUAAAAAAGUGUAAUUUUUCUAUUGGGAGUUAGAUUGACACUGCCUGGAAGAGCAUGAAGGCUCAAAGUAAAGAAAAUCUUCUAUUAUUUGUGUA